UCGUGUGCAUGUGUGCAUACAUAACAUAACCUCUUACUUGACAAGCUUAACCAGAGAGAGGAUUUGUGUCGAUAACUAGCUCGUAAAUUAAGACAUCAUCGUGAUUUAUUCGGCGCGGAGUCUUACAGUAUUGUUUACAUGUCGUUUCAAGGUUCUCCAUUUUCAACACCUUAUGGUCAGGACGAUUAUGAUGUCGAGGACGACAACGAUGAGUACAUGGAAGAAGAUCGUGAUUUGGAGGACCAGGAUGAGAGUGACGAAGAUACGGAAGAGGCUAGUGAGCCCGAUAUGGGAAAGUCAGAAAAGUACACCGAAAUAAAAGAACAAAUGUAUCAAGAUAAAUUAGCUAGUCUAAAAAAACAGCUUCAACAAUUGAAGGAUGGAACACAUCCGGAAUACAAUCGUAAGCUCAAACGCCUGGAGGUGCAGUACAAGGAAAGGUUACGGUUGAAUGGAAUUUACCGGGAUUACCUCACUGAGUGGGUAGAAAGAGAUUACAUACUUGAGAAAAAAGCAGCAGCCAAAGAGUUUGAAGAGAAAAAAAUCGACCUCAAGGAAAAUUUAUUAACCGAUAUGGAAGAGAAGCGUAAAAUGAUUGAAUCUGAUCGGCACACAAUGGAACUCACUGGUGAUUCUAUGGAGGUGAAACCCCCUAUGACCAGAAAACUGCGCCGUCGACCCAAUGACCCAGUACCUGAGAAAGUAGAGAAACGUAGAAAGCCACCUCCGGCGCAGUUGAAUUACUUACUUGAUGAAAAGGAGAUUGAGAAUGACUUAAAAGCGAUCAGCCGUUGUAAAAUACUAUCUACUGUACGAAAACCAGCAGUCCUGACUGCCUGCAAUGUAGUCAAUCUUCCAGCUCAGCAUGCCAAUCCAUCUCCUGAUACUCCUCUAGUAGAGACAAGGAUUGAAGAUGGAAAAUUACUCUAUGAAAGAAGAUGGUUUCACCGCGGUCAACCUGUUUAUGUUGAAGGCAAGGACUUACCCCGAUUCGCUGGUAAUAUAUCAGCGAUUGGAACCGAAGCUAUCUGGGUAAAGAAGGUAUCUGACAAUGCCAAAGUCAGAAUAUACAUAUACCAACUCAGCCGUGGAAAGAUUUCCAUUAAACGACGUGCAUCAUAAUGAACCUGACUGAU